AAAGACCGUCCCUAGCCGCAUAACCUUCUAGACACCUGAGCUUGCCAGCGUUGUAACCCGAGCGUUUUCCUCUUUUUCCCAUCCCAUCUACCCCAGGGACACCCGGCCUGGACUUCUUGCUCUCCACCCUCCAGGAGAGGUGGCAGGGACAGCUCAGGAUCCUGCCUUCUCGGUCUGCAGCUCUCAGGGGCUGCGCUGCGGCUGACUGGCGACGCGCGCUCUCAGCCAGGGCUCGGCUUUGAAAUCUCCUCCUCCUUUUUUUUUUCCCCAACCAGGUAUGAUGAUGUCAAACGUGAUGCCGAUGCUACAGUUACAGAUACAGCCCCUGCUGGCGCAGCCUCUCUGAUUCCCUCUGCCUCUCCGCGGCUGGCGCGGAGCAUUUGCAGACGAGUGCAUCUCCUAACCAGGUCACAUUUCAGCCGCGACCCCCCACCGCCAGUCACCCGAGCGGAGCGCAGGAGGAGGCGGGCGGGGACCGCGGCAGCGCUCGCUCGCUCGCUCGCUCGCUCGGCCAGCAGCCGAGUGGCCAGAGCUCGUUACGUCCUGCAGAAGUCCAGACCGUUACAGCCGACCCCGACCACGAUGGGCUCCCCGGGCUGCGGGCGCCUGGCACUGCCGCUGUUGCUGCUGGCCGCGGCCGUCCGGGCCGAAGGCGACGCCAGAGGGCUCAAGGAGGGCGAGACCCCCGGCAAUUUCAUGGAGGACGAGCAAUGGCUGUCGUCCAUCUCGCAGUACAGCGGCAAGAUCAAGCACUGGAACCGCUUCCGAGACGAGGUGGAGGAUGAUUACAUCAAGAGCUGGGAGGACAAUCAGCAAGGAGAUGAAGCCCUGGACACCACCAAGGACCCCUGCCAGAAGGUGAAGUGCAGUCGCCACAAGGUGUGCAUUGCGCAGGGCUACCAGCGGGCCAUGUGCAUCAGCCGCAAGAAGCUGGAGCACAGGAUCAAGCAGCCCACCCUGAAAUUCCAUGGGAACAAAGACUCCAUCUGCAAACCCUGCCACAUGGCCCAGCUGGCCUCCGUCUGCGGCUCUGACGGCCACACGUACAGCUCAGUGUGUAAGCUGGAGCAGCAGGCCUGCCUCAGCAGCAAGCAGCUGACAGUGAGAUGCCAGGGCCCCUGCCCCUGCCCCACAGAGCAGGCUGCCACCUCCACCACUGAUGGCAAGUCAGACACCUGCACGGGCCAGGACCUGGCCGACCUGGGUGAUCGGCUGCGGGACUGGUUCCAGCUCCUUCAUGAGAACUCCAAGCAGAACGGCUCUGCCAGCAGUGUUGCCAGCCCGGCCGGAGGACUGGACAAGAGCCUUGGGGCCAGCUGCAAGGAUGCCAUUGGCUGGAUGUUCUCCAAGCUGGACACAAGUGCCGACCUCUUCCUAGACCAGUCUGAGCUGGCCACCAUCAACCUGGACAAGUAUGAGGUCUGCAUCCGCCCCUUCUUCAACUCCUGCGACACCUACAAGGAUGGCCGCGUGUCCACCGCUGAGUGGUGCUUCUGCUUCUGGAGGGAGAAGCCACCCUGCCUGGCCGAGCUGGAACGUAUCCAAAUCCAGGAGGCUGUCAAGAAGAAGCCAGGUAUCUUCAUCCCGAGCUGUGAUGAGGACGGCUACUACCGCAAGAUGCAAUGUGACCAGAGCAGCGGCGACUGCUGGUGCGUGGACCAGCUUGGCCUGGAGCUGACUGGCACCCGCACGCACGGAAGCCCUGAUUGUGGAAGCCUGAGGACCAGGAGCAGCAGAUGUGUGCUCACUGCCUCCCUGAUCCCUUAA